GAAUAUGAAUUAACAACAAGUGAUGUAAUGUUUUGAUUAUUCAAUCAAUUGAUGACAUGAAUGACACUUUAGGUGACAAUUGUGACCACAAGAGUGUCACUUUAGAGACACUUCCCUCUGAUAUCUUAUAUGUUAUAUUCAGUUAUUGUGAUAUCAAGUGUUUAUUAUCAUUGAGUUGUUGUUCACUUAAGUUAUAUCGUUUGGUUAUAACUGAUCCCUAUGUUUGGCUGCACAAGAGUUUGCGAUCUUUGGUUACAAACCAAUUGUCACCACAAAUAAUAUGUCGGUCUUCAUGUGUAUUAUCAACACUCGAGAAGUGCAGAGUAUCUCAUAAUUGGAUUAAUGGUGUCUAUAAAGAAAAAGUCAUUAUUAGACACAAAACAAGAUAUCUUCCGUGGAUUUGCUUAGAGAAAGACUUCUUGUGGUUGACUAAAGGAAACAUAAUAUUGCGAUACAAAAGAAAGUCAAAUAACUAUUGUGUUUAUAAACGGUUUGUCCAAAAGCUGAUGUCUGCCACUCAAGAUAUUUGCCGUUUCGUUGUUACCAAUGAUUUAGUUAUAUCUGGUGGUCGUAGGGGUUGUAUUGCUAUUUGGGAUAAAUAUAGCGGAAAAUCUAUUUAUUAUGAAAAUAAUCUUCAUUUAAAUGAUAUUAAUUCAGUUGACUCUUAUAAAAACAGAUUAAUUAUAAGCGGAUCUAAAGAUAAACAUAUUAAGCUGUGGUCUAUAAUUGACAACAAUUUUAGAUCUGAUGUAUAUUUAAAUUACGAAAAUACUAUUUUAGUUAACGAUAGGAUUUGGACAGUAGCUACCAAUGAGUUAAGUGAUAGCUUUAUAGUUGGUUCAGCCGGUUGUGGACCAAUGCAACCUUUAAUACAAUAUGAUAUACAAAGCGGACAAUUGUUGAAUCAAUUCGGAACAACUCAUCAAAGAGGAGCCGGAGUUUUACACGCUUUCUGGGAGUCAAACACUCAAGUGUUAAGCUGUGGUUACGAUAGUUUUGUACGUUUAUGGGAUACAAGAGCAACAAAUCGAUGUGUUAACAACUUUGAAGAUCCACACGAUUCAGUUGUUUAUUGCAUGUCAUCCGAUCACUUAUAUACAAUAAUGACGGGAACAGCUAGAUAUGGUCUGACCAGACUUUGGGAUAAACGUUAUCCAAAUAAAUGCAUUCAAAUGUAUUAUGUCGGCAAUAAUAACAGUCCUGUAUAUUCAUUAUCGUUUGAUCCGUUAUGUGCUUAUGUAGCUUUGGAGUCAUCAAUUAAUAAAUUAUCAUUUAUAUAAAAAAUUA